AGAGUCUGUAGGAUCAUCACGAUGCUGGAGCAAAGGCGGAUGUGUGCGCUACUGCAUGCGGCGCUCGCGGCCAAGUACACACCUUCCAGCUAACACCAUGAAAUGUCAGGUCGUGACCCUACCUAACGUUAUAGUUGUAAUUCCGCAGGGGCCUGGACGUGUUGCUCCCUUUGUCACUGGAGAGCUACAAUCGCUAUUUGGCGGAUCAUUCGGCCGACGCGGCAUCUCCACUUACGCGUUUUCAGCUUCCCAUUCCCGAAACUUUUGGAGACAAAUGGCCCCAUUUAUUGAUGCUGGUGGGUAAUUCCAGACAUUUGUGGGACCCAUUUCUCGACUUCGUACAACUCGAGAUGCAGCAGAACGAUGGUCGAGUGCUGGAUGACCCAGUGGAUCGAUACGUCAAAGAGACCGUGAACUGUUCACUAAAGGAGUUGGCAGCCAAUUGCAAAGCUUUCGAAGAUGCAAAGGUGUACUGGGUAGCGGACACGGAGCCGGGCAAGAUGAUUCUGGCGCAGAAGAUGGCACUCGCAGCUCGUGCAGUUUCUCACUGCCCUGCCUCGCAGCUUUGCCUGCACCCAGUGCUGGGGCCGUGGAUGGCAUUCCGCUGCGCGGUGUUGUUGGACGUUGAAGGCGUGAACGAAGAGCAAGCUUGCCCUUUGAUUCGUGGAGAGGUGAACAUGAUACCUCAGCCGGACGGGUGCUCUCAUGACGAAAAGCUGCAUAAAUUACUUACUGCUCAAAUGGCGAAGGCGUUCGCUCAGAGCGCCGCUACUCCAAGGAACGGAAGUAUUCCGCCAGAUGCGUGGCGUACGUGGGCUCUACCGCGCUUGUCACUAGCUCCCAAUCACGCUGAAAUGUACUCGUCCGAACAAAUACUAUACCAUUACACGAAGGACGUGCGGAUCCUUCAGCGUUCUGUGCGUGCCCGUAAAGGCAAUUUAUGUUUGGAUUACGUUCGUGCACCACCGUCAGCGAAGAUUGUCGAGUGCCGUCAAUUGUUACAAACCGUGCUUCGUGAGAUCCGUGAUCGUUUUCCCGAUGGUAUCGAUGCUAUUUUACUCAGUGGUGGGCUGGAUACGUCUAUAUUAUGCGAGGCGAGUGACCAAGACGUCGCUGCUGUGAAAGACGACACGUUUAUGACGAUCUUGCUCGACAAGAAAGGAAAAGCGCGUCCGAUUUUACGUUUCCGCCACGCACUGACAGUUCAAGCCGAUCCAACAGCUCAAGACGCUAUUUUCGCGGCAAAUAUUUUCAACCGACUGGAAAAUGUGUCACUUGAACAGCACCAUGUGCUACGUGUUACUCUGGAUGCUCUAUUAAAGAACUCCUCUGAAGUAGCGCGGCUAUUGUGUACUUGUGAUCCAAUGGAACUUCGCAAUUCGUUAGUGAUCUACGAAGCACUGCGAGCUGCAGCAAACCGCGGUGUCAAGCAUCUUGUGACUGGAGAUGCAGCUGACGAGGUGUUUUGCGGCUACUCUUUCUACCAUGGAAUGACUGAAGAGGCUUUAAGUAAAUAUCGUGAACGUAUCACCGCCACUAUGGAGUUCACUACGGCCAAACUCGCGAAAGAGCUUGGGAUUGAAGUGAUCAGCCCAUAUCUCGAUGCUCGCAUCGUGGAGUUCUCCAAAAAUUUGUGCAAGAGUGACAUGAUUGGUGAACGCACUCCAGUUCCUCGUGACGGAGAGCAGGGAGUUCAUGGCAAGUUGAUCCUACGUCAAGCAUUCCCUGAGAGUUUCUCCCAGUGGCGUGCUAAGGAGCCUAUCGAAGCUGGAUCUGGCACUACCCGUCUACGUCUCGGGUACUUUGACUCGCACUGGACUGAGGAAGAGUUUGCCGAACAACAGCGUUUCGUGUUCCGAGAGCAUGGUGUAUACAUUCGGGAUCGAGAGCACUUGUAUUUCUUCCAGGCUUUUUUGCGAGCCUUUAACGGAGGCCUGACGAAUGUGCCACGUCGUCGAUUUAAUGAAUCGACUCAAGUGGUGGAACCUCAUGGACAAGAGGAGACAAUGGACAGCCCAAACGUGUUUUGUCCAGGAUGUGGAUUUGAGCUCUCACAUCCAAAGCAAGACUUUUGUGUGACUUGCGGCUGCUGGCCAACAUGCAUCUCACCCACAAAUGAUACUCAGGGGUAUGCGACCCAAGCUCUUGCGAAGCUUAAAAGCGAAAAGGAACGUCUACUACAGCACUAGAAUGGUACGAUCCCAUCGUAGGGCUGAACUACGUCAAAGCUGGCCAUAAUUAUGGUGAAGGGGAUAGAAUUCUUUGUCCAGGAUUGUUGGGUGACCUGUUAGUUUUAUUCUCUGAUUUCCUUGAUCGUGUGUUAGUCUCCACAGUUGACACCAGCACGUAGUUAACCUUUAAUGGAAGGCAUGUACAUCCUUCACUUUCGAAC